AUGCCUUUGGAAAUGGUGGCUGCAGCUUUUCUCUCUGCUUCCCUCCAAGUGCUGUUUGAUAGGCUGGCUCGUCCCGAGGAGAAGCAAAUCACAAACCCAGCAGUGAAGGAAUGGCUGGAGGAGCUUGAAGAUGCUGCAUAUGAUGCAGACGAUCUAUUGGAUGAGAUUGCAACCGAUGCUUUGCUGGACAAGUUGGAAGCUGAUGAAUCUUCAGGAAGUGGCACAAGUGGCAAGGUGAGCAACAAUUUAAAGAAAAAUGUUUCUGGUAUAGAGAAGAGGAUGGAGAAGAUCAUUGAAAUGGUUGAGUUCAUUGCAAAUCAGAAGGAUCUCCUUUAUCUCAAAGUCAUAGAGGGUGUGGCAUCACCAAGAGAACCAACCACAUCUUUGGUAGAUGAAUCUGAGGUUUAUCGUAGAGAAGAGGAUAAGAAGGAGGUAGUCAAGAUGUUGCGGGAAGAGCAUGACGAUAGCAGUAACCUACAUGUGUUCGCAAUAGUUGGCAUGGGAGGGGUUGGUAAAACCACCCUGGCUCAAUUAUUAUACAACGAUAACAGAGUUAAGGAGCACUUUGAGCUUAAAAUAUGGGUCUACAUUUCUGAAAGAUUCGAUAUCUUAAUGGCAACAAAAACAGUCCUUACAGCAGUAACUGAUCAUCCAUCCCAUUCUUCUUAUGAUAACAAGGACUUGGAUUGGCUCCAAAACAUGUUGAAGGAGGUUCUGAUGGGAAAAAAACUUUUACUUGUGUUAGACAACGUGUGGAAUGAGAUUUGGCAGCACAUGAGUAAACCUUUCAAACAUGUGGCUCGAGGAAGCAGGAUUCUUAUAACAACACGCCAUGAAGACGUUGCCAAAAUGAUGGGAACUAUUUCAACUCCUUAUCAUCUUAAGGAAUUGAAUUUUGAUGCUUGUUGGCAACUGUUUGCGAAGCGUGCGUUUGAUGAUCAUACGGUUCCUGAUGUACGCCAAACUUUGGAAGGAAAAUUUAAAGAUAUGAUUGUCAAGAAAUGCGGAGGACUGCCCUUAGUUGCAGAAACACUUGGAGGACUUUUGCACUACAAAGAAACUAAAGAGGAAUGGGAAAUGAUAUUAAAGAGUGAGAUUCUCGAUUUCUCACAUGAAGACAGCAAAAUUCGACCAGUUCUGAUGUUAAGUUACAGCUAUCUUCCAUUACACCUAAAGCGGUGCUUUGUUUUUUGUUCAAUAUUUCCUAAGGGCUAUGAAUUUCACAAGCACCAGCUGGUGUUAUUGUGGAUGGCGGCAAAUCUUCUGUAG